AUGUCGGACUAUGUAUCAGCGUCCGCCAUCAAGGAUCUUCUCACCGAGUGCCCAAUAUGUACUGAACACUUUGAUGAGGUCAGACGAAUACCUCGUCGUAUGCCCUGCUGUGUACAGUCAAUAUGUCAGGCUUGUCUAGAGACGUACAGCCAAGGACUCCCAACGUUAUCAUGUCCCAUGUGUCGACACCAACAUAACCUGCCGGGUGGUGUCAAGUCUCUGCCCAAAGAGCCUAUCAUCCUAAGAAUCCUGGAUCAUCUGAAGAUUGUGAAAGGUCUUCAUCUGCCAUGUACAGAUUGUCCUGAUGGUAACCCUGCCAUGUCCAGAUGUGAUGACUGUGGCGUCUUCCUGUGCCAAGAAUGUCUAAAUGCCCACAAAAGAGUUCAACCGAUGCGAGAUCACCAAACUGUCAGUUUUAAAGAAAUGAAAGAACAACCAGGUAAAAGUUUCAAUCGUCUCCAUAAGUGUGCACAACAUCACCAACCCCUACAGUUCUACUGCUACACUUGUGAAAAGAUCGUCUGUGUGUCCUGCACUGUAGUAGAACACAAAGAAGGGAAGGGACACAACGUCGUGUCCGUGGAUGAAGCACACAAAGAAAAGGCAAAGUCCAUUGACGAUACCUUAGUCAAGCUGAGGGAGAAGGCAGAGGGACUUGAGGAAAUAAAACAAGAUCUCAAGAAAAGACAUUCAAACAUACAGGUGUCAAAACAGGCUGCCGUGGUUGACAUCAACAAAGCCUUUGACGAAUUGAUUGAUGAAAUACAGCAGAGGAGAGGUAUUCUGUUGUCAGAUGUUGAAGAGAGAUCCAGCAAGAUUCUGAAGCUGACACAGGAGGGACUGGAUUCCACCAGUAAUAUUCUGGCAAAAGUGACAUCAUCUACCGAGUACACACGACAGAUGCGGAGUAAAGCUGACAAGAUAGAGGAUCUACAAAUGAUGGGGUCUUCAGCUGCCACCUUGAGCGCCAUGUUGCAGAUGUCACCAAAGGCGUCACUUGGAAGAGCUGGUGUCAGCUUUGCUUCAACUUGCUUCAGUAAAAUUACCCCCUUGUUGAAGAUGGCUGGUCUCGUCAAAUCAGUUGUCUUUUCACCAAUAGAGAAUCCAAAUGGAAAUAAAUCCUUGAAUGAUGCAAUGACUAUUGAACACGAGUAUGUGCCAGAAGCUGCAUAUAUGACCUGGCAGCCGUGA